GUUGUCCUCGGAAACGUCGCGGGCGCGGAGGGAUGGUUCGGGGCUUUAGGCGUCUGUUACAGACCUAUCUGCGGGUCGCCUUCACCCAGCAUCUCAGAAACUGCGCGCGGGAUGAACAUUCGGGUGUUUCCGGCAGGUGACGCUGCCGAGUCCCCGCAGCAGGGGGCGAGCAAGGGACUCGCGGUUGACGGGACACGGAUCCUCUAAGGCCCAGAGUGUCCCGAGUAGCGGCAGUGGGGAGUGCUCAGAGUACGCUAAUGAUCUGUGUCUUGUAAAGAGCAUAUUGCUGGGCUUACAUCCGUUUAUCUUGUUUGACUGUUAUUUUAAUAGCUUGGUGUUCUCAGGAGUCUGCCCUUUCCGAGGAAGAAGAGGAUACAACCAGGCCUCUUGAAACAGUGACAUUUAAGGAUGUGGCUGUUGACCUUACCCAGGAGGAGUGGGAGCAGAUGAAACCUGCUCAAAGGAACUUGUAUCGAGAUGUGAUGCUGGAGAACUACAGCAACCUAGUCACAGUGGGCUGUCAAGUCACCAAACCGGAUGUGAUAUUCAAGUUGGAGCAAGAAGAGGAGCCCUGGGUGAUGGAGGAAGAAAUGUUUGGGAGGCACUGUCCAGAAGUUUGGGAAGUUGAUGAACAGAUCAAGAAGCAACAGGAAACACUUGUGAGGAAAGUCACAUCCAUCUCCAAGAAAAUUCUGAUAAAGGAAAAAGUCAUUGAAUGUAAAAAAGUUGCGAAAAUAUUUCCUCUGAGUUCAGACAUUGUUACUUCAAGACAAAGCUUCUAUGACUGUGACUCACUUGAUAAGGAUUUGGAAUGUAAUUUAGACUUACUUAGAUAUGAGAAAGGCUGUGUAAGAGAGAAACACAGUAAUGAGUUUGGGAAACCAUUUUACCAUUAUGCAUCCUGUGUUGUAACCCCCUUUAAGUGUAAUCAGUGUGGACAAGACUUCAGUCAUAAAUUUGACCUCAUUAGACAUGAGCGAAUUCAUGCUGGAGAGAAACCUUACGAAUGUAAAGAAUGUGGAAAAGCCUUCAGUAGAAAGGAAAAUCUUAUUACACAUCAGAAAAUUCAUACUGGGGAAAAACCAUAUAAGUGUAAUGAAUGUGGAAAAGCUUUCAUUCAGAUGUCAAACCUUAUUAGACACCACAGAAUUCAUACUGGGGAGAAACCUUAUGCAUGUAAGGAUUGUUGGAAAGCCUUCAGUCAGAAAUCAAAUCUCAUUGAACACAAGCGAAUUCACACUGGAGAGAAACCCUAUGAAUGUAAGGAAUGUGGGAAGUCCUUCAGCCAGAAGCAAAAUCUUAUUGAGCAUGAGAAAAUUCAUACUGGGGAGAAACCUUAUGCAUGUAAUGAAUGUGGUAGAGCUUUUUCUCGAAUGUCAUCUGUUACACUACAUAUGAGAAGUCACACAGGGGAGAAACCCUAUAAAUGUAAUAAAUGUGGAAAAGCUUUCUCUCAAUGCUCAGUAUUUAUUAUACAUAUGAGAAGUCACACUGGUGAGAAACCCUAUGUAUGUAGCGAAUGUGGGAAAGCCUUCUCUCAAAGUUCAUCCCUUACCGUACAUAUGCGAAAUCAUACAGCUGAGAAACCCUAUGAAUGUAAGGAAUGUGGAAAAGCCUUCAGCAGGAAAGAAAAUCUCAUUACACAUCAGAAAAUUCACACCGGAGAGAAACCUUACGAAUGCAGUGAAUGUGGGAAAGCUUUUAUUCAGAUGUCAAACCUCAUUCGACACCAGAGAAUUCAUACGGGUGAGAAACCCUAUGCAUGUACGAUAUGUGGAAAAGCCUUUAGUCAGAAAUCAAACCUCACUGAACAUGAGAAAAUUCAUACUGGAGAGAAACCUUAUCAUUGUAAUCAAUGUGGGAAAGCUUUCAGUCAAAGACAAAAUCUUCUUGAGCAUGAAAAAAUUCAUACUGGAGAGAAACCAUUCAAAUGUAAUGAAUGUGGUAAAGCCUUCUCUCGAAUCUCAUCCCUCACUCUUCAUGUGAGAAGUCACACAGGGGAGAAACCCUAUGAAUGUAAUAAAUGUGGGAAAGCCUUUUCUCAGUGCUCAUUACUUAUUAUACAUAUGAGAAGUCAUACUGGUGAGAAACCCUUUGAAUGUAAUGAAUGUGGGAAAGCAUUCUCUCAAAGAGCAUCCCUUUCCAUACAUAAGAGAGGUCACACAGGUGAGAGACACCGAGUAUAUUAAAUAAAAGAAGGCCUCUUAAAUUCAACCCAUGUUUUACUUAAAAUAUCUUGGCAUAAGCUCAAAAAAACCAGGAUCUUUAUGGAAAAAUUUUAAUACUUUGUUAAAAGAUGUAAGACUGGAAUGAAUGGAAAGAAAUACCAUAUAUAUAGAUGGAAAAACCCAGUAUUAUAAAAACCUCAAUUCUAAAAAUCUAUAGACUGAAUGCAGUUCCAAACAAAAUCUACUAAGAAUUUUCUAGGAUCUUUCAAAAAUGAUUAUAAAAUUCAUAUGAAAUAGAAGUGUAUGGAUUGCUGAGACAAUUUUGAAAAGAACAAAGGAAACACCCUCACUAUAUGACAUAAAGUUAUAGUCAUUUAAAAAUGUGUGAUACUAGUACAUUAGUAGGUAAAUAAGCAGAUUUUAAAGAAUAGAAUAUCCAGAAGCAGAUUCAUGAAUAUAUGUGAACUCAGUGUAUGUUAGACCUGACAUGAAUUAGUAGGGAAAUGAUGACCUAGUCAAUAAAAUUGCUGGAAAUAUUUGACUCUCUGUAUUGGAGAAAAUAAAAUUACAACAUUAUGACAUAUUAAAAAAUCAAUAUUCUUUUUUUUUUUUUUUUGAGACAAGGGUCUCACUCUGUCGCCCAGGCUGAAGUACAGUGGUGCAAUCUCAGCUCACUGCAGCCUCUGCCUCCCGGGUUCUUUUUUGUGUGUGUGUGUGUGUUUUUAGUAGAGAUGGGGUUUCACCAUGUUGGCCAGGCUAGUCUUGAACUCCUGACUUCAAGUGAUCUGCCCUCUUUGGCCUCCCAAAGUGCUGGGGUUUACAGGCUUGAGCCACUGCACCUGGCCAAAAAAUUAAUAUUCUAAAGGAUUUAAAUACUGGAAUUUGAAAAGCCAAACUGAAACCACUGGGAGAAAAUAGGUGAUAUUGUCUAUGACGUUGAGGCCAAGGAGCUUUUUUUUUUUUUUUUAAGACAAAAGGACUCUGUAAUUCCACUUCUAGGUAUACAUCCUAUAGAAACUCACAAAUAAUGCAUAAGAAAUAUAUAUAUAAUAUAUGUAUGUAUGUAUAGCCAGAUGCAGUGGCACAUGCCUAUAAUCCCAGCUACUUGGGAGGCUGAUAGAAGAAGAUAACUUGAGCUUGGGAGUUCAAGACCAGCCUGGGAAACAUAGCAAGACCCCAUCUCUUAAAAAAAAGGAAAUAUGUAGACAUAUAUCUGCAUUGAAAACAACCUAAAUAUUCAUCAGUGGGGUAAUAGAUGAAUAAAAUAUGAUAUAUUCAAAUGAUAGAAUAGUAUACAGCACUUAAAAGCAGUGAAUCAGAUCCAUAUUGUGUAACAUGGAUAGUUAAUGUUGAAUGAAAAAAAUCAAAAUAUAAAUGAAGCAUUGUGUAAUAAUAUUUAUGUAAAUUGGAAUGAAAUCAUUUAUAAAAAAACUGUUUCUAUUAUUGAAAAGUGUAUGUAAAACUAUUUAAAAUAGAAUAGAAGGAUACACGCCCAAUUAUUGAUAGCAUUGUCUCUGGAAAUUGAAUUUGAGGCUGUUGAUUAAAGGGAGACUUUAGCUUUGCUUGUAGUUUUUAUGCCUUAAAAAAGACUGGUAGCAUAUAAAAUAAAUCUUAAAAGC